UUUCGAAGUGUUAGGGCAGAUGCCUUGUCCUUGCUGAUGGGGGUGAGCCGGUUUGACCUGCUCUACCGAAGGCUCCUCCUCACUAAACUCUUCAUCCGAGGAUGGGGAAAGCCAGAGGACCUGAAAAGGAUAUUUGAGUUUAGGAAAAUCAUCGGAGAUCGGGAAAAGUGUAAGAACCUUGUGCCACGGGAUUAUCCAGUUUUUAUUGACAAGGUUGAGGAACACUCGGACUGCAGAAUCCACAGCGGCCACUUCAUUUCCCCUCUCGAACACUUUGUCCCAGGCAUUCUGCCCGCCGAGUCGGUGAAAGCCAGCUUUCAGUUUAUAGUUCCCAGAAAAUGGAAGAAGCACAGACCUGUGUGUAUUCAUCUGGCUGGAACUGGAGAUCACUUUUUCUGGAGGAGACGGACCCUCAUGGCCAGACCCAUGAUCAAAGAGGCAGGAAUGGCGUCCCUGCUGCUGGAAAACCCGUAUUAUGGAUACAGAAAACCUAAAGACCAGACGCGCUCCAGUCUGAAGAACGUAUCGGACCUGUUUGUGAUGGGCGGAGCUCUCAUCCUGGAGUCAGCCGCUCUCCUGCACUGGUUGGAGAGGGAGGGCUUCUGGCCGCUGGGAAUGACCGGCAUCUCCAUGGGAGGUCAUAUGGCAUCUUUAGCCAUAACCAAUUGGCCGAAGCCGAUUCCUCUGAUCCCGUGUCUUUCUUGGACUACUGCUUCGAACGUUUUCACCACCGGAGUGUUGAGUAGAGCCGUGAACUGGAGGGAGCUGGAGAAACAGUACGCCACACACACCGUCUACGAGGACGAGAUCAUCCACAUGCUGGAGUACUGCGGGACAGAUUCGUUCCGGAUGGGCCAGGAUUUUGUGCGGGACGCUCCGGGAAGCUUCGAUAAACUCUCCAACGUAUCCCUGAGGCCGGAGCUGCUACUGCAGCAGAGGGACGGGCUGGAGCACAUCGUGUCUUCCUCCAUCGGCGGUAAUCGGAAUCACGUCGACGCACUUCACAGCAAGAGCGUGAGCCAGAGCGCAGGUCAACGUCGCUCGCUGCAGCGCGAGUCGCUCUGCUUUAUGAAGGGCGUGAUGGACGAGUGCACACACAUCGCCAACUUCUCAGUACCAGUGGAUCCCAGUCUGAUCAUCGUCGUCCAGGCUAAAGAGGACGCCUACGUGCCUCGCUCGGGCGUGCGCAGCCUGAAUGAGGUCUGGCCUGGCUGUGAGGUUCGCUACCUCAACGGGGGGCACGUUACUGCUUAUCUGUUUAAACAGGCAGUGUUCAGACGGACCAUUUACGAUGCCUUCGAGCGAUUUGUUCAGAAGUAUUCCCGAUGAUUCUUAUGAUAGCAACGGAUCAGAACCUAAACCUCGCUCGCCACAUCAUGGUGCUACUGAAGACCCAUUAAAUACUUACAUAUCAUGACAGAAUAAUGUUUCUAUAAAUUUUGAUGACAAACCACCUCAUCUUUUUUUUUUUUUUAAACCUCCUCAGCCUUUUCUUUAAACCCCAGAUGCAUUAUUUAUUAAUUACAAAUCACUGCCAAUCAUAUUGGAGCAUCAAAUUAUAAAUCAUGUUUUAUGAUUUGGAAUGAAAGUAUUAGCUGCUGCAACGGUAAUAUUAUUACUAAUUAUUUUUUAACCCCUUGAACGAUUUGUUUCCUACGUGUAAUAAUUACUUUUUCAUACCUAAAUUUUUGGAUCUUAACUCUAAAAUAAAAAAGCACAUUUUGAGGACUGA